UUCAAUAGGUUACGAGUUCCAUCGUGAGAAAUAAAAAAUAACACAAUGAGCCUGAUAAGGCAAGUGGGACGGAAAAGAAGAAGAAGAAGAAAACCUUCACCCCAACUCCCAUUUUACUACUCCAUUAAGCACCAUUUAAUCUCUUCCCCCCCCCCUAAAUCUCUAUCUUCUCCUAUCAUCGUCUUUAUCCUCUAAAUCGGUUUUUUCUUCCUUUUGUUUGUUUGUCUCUUUCCCCCCUCUUCGUUUAAUCACAAUAAAUUAUUCAGUAAAUAAUAUAUAACGAGGGAGACAGACAGACAGACAGACACAGAGAUAGAUACAAAUAUAUAAAUAAAUAUCGUCCUCUUCGUGAUUUUGACCAAUCAAUCAAUCAAUCAAUCAAUCAAUACAAAAACAAACACAUACAAGACACAUUUACAUGCCAAGUGUGUUUGUCGGGUCUUCUCGACACGGUCCAGCAUGUAAACUGAGCGAACAGAGACAGCAUGUGGUCUCACAUCCUGCGCAUCGUCGCUCUGCUGUACAUCCUCUACAACAAGCCGGAACAAUGUCCCCUGCUCGAGCCGGACAAAUGGUGCGAGUGCCUGGUGGCCUGCGUGGCCAUGCUCUACUUCAUCAUCAACCUGCUCGACGCCGUCGUGCAGCUCCUGCACGAGAACUUCUUCCCGUGCAGCUGCCUCUUUGCCACGCUGUCGGGCAUCUUCAACUGGCUGGCUGAAACGGCAGCCUACAUUGCCCUGGCCAUCUUCUUUUCCAACAUGUACGAGGAGGCGAAUGCGGAGAUGUUUUUCGAGGCCCUGAUGCUCAUCAACCCCGUCUUGUUUGUCGUGUCCAACUUCUUGUUGCCCUGCGAAGACGUCGAGGACACGCUGCAAAAGCUCAGCUGCUUCUUCUCGGUCGUGCCCAUUCUCUGGAUCCUCUACUUGGGCGUCAUGAACUGCAACGCCUACAUCAUUGCCGCCGUGCUCGUGCCGCUCAUUGUGGACGCCAUCUGCGCCUUCUUCCCCAAGGUGCCGUUCAAGGGCCACUGGUUCCUCCUCGCCGUCACCGAGGCCCACUUGUUCUUCUUUUGCGCCGUCUGCAUGCUGCUCGGCGGCGGCGGCGGCGACUCGUCCUUUGACGACAUGGGCCAAGUUGACGCUUGAGCAAGAAACAAUGUCUGCUCUCUCCUUCUCUCUCUCUCUCUCUUUUGACCCCGACCACCACCACCACAAUUUUAUACUUCUUCCUCAUCUUCUUGUAGUCGUCGUCGUUGAGGAACGCCCCGAAAAAAAUUAUUAAUCUCGCAGUGUUUCCUUCUUCCUUCUUUAAACGUUGUACUCAAAACAUACUUGCGCUUUUGCAUCUUACGCCGCGUUUAAAGGCUCUCUUAAUCCACAAAUAGCACCUCCGCGUUUGUCAAUAAAACAACAAAACGAAAUCCACGGAAACGGGCAAAAAAAAAAA